GUCACACCGGUGGUGGGAGAGCCCUGCCAAGCCGGAGUUGCCCCACUCCUUCCUCAUUUACCGCGCUGCUCUGUGCUGUAGUGGCGGCGGCUCUGGAGGUUCACACCCCGCUGAUUGAAGCAGUUAGCCCGGGUCUGGAUUCCGUGUGGCCCCGCGUCGCCUGUCAGCGCCGGUUCUCAGUGGAGGGUGCACACCGGGGGUUUGGGUGGAGUUGUAACCCGAUGUGAGGAAUGUGACACAUUUCACCGGGGAGAGCGAUAUACCGUCGGUACAAGGAGAGGAGACAAGUUCUGCAGCAAAGUUAAUAGGUUCAAAUUCCUCCUUCCUUUUCUCUCCUGACCCGAGCCCUGACCUUUGACCCCCACCUCUCUCUCCAACCAUGGCGCACCGAUCUCAAUGUUCAUCGAUUGGUGAUAACCCUCUCGACCCAAACUUCCUGCCCCCGCAUUACCGGGAGGAGUACCGCCUAGCUAUCGAUGCUCUGAUAGAAAAUGACAUACAGGGUUACCAUGAGUUCCUCCAGGCUGCGGAUGUGGUCGGUUUCCUGGCACAGCCGGAAAUUGAGUUGAUCAAGUCCACGAUCCAUACGCCCAACACCUCCAACAUGCCAGAGCUGACGUACCAUGAGGGAGGUCAGGAGGUUGAUGGCUCCUCUGACACCUACUGGCCGAUGCAGUCCGACAUGGCUGCCCCGGGGCUGGACCUUGGCUGGCCGCAGGCACAGCAGAGCUUCAUGGGGCCCACAGAGGUCACCACUCUAGUCAACCCCUCCGACCCAGACAUGCCUAGCAUCAAGGAGCAGGCCAGGAGACUCAUUAAGAAUGCACGCCAAGUUAUCGCUGUGGUGAUGGACAAGUUCACAGAUGUUGAUCUUUUUGCGGACCUCUUGGACGCAGCAGCACGCCACGUUCCCGUUUACAUUCUACUGGAUGAGAUGGAAGCCCAUCACUUUAUCUCUAUGGUCUUCAACUGCAAAGUCAACUUGGAUCAACAUCCUUUGGUGCGUGUCAGGACUGUGGCAGGAAUAACCUAUUACUCCCGUACGGGGAAAUCAUUUAAGGGGCAGGUGAAAGAUCGUUUCCUACUGGCCGACUGCAGAGCUGUACUCAGUGGCAAUUACAGUUUCAUGUGGUCCUAUGAGAAGAUCCACCGCUGCAUCGCCCAUCUCUUCCUCGGGGAACUAGUUGCCACCUUUGAUGAAGAGUUUCGAAUUCUCUUUGCUCAGUCAGAGCCUCUAGUCAUAGAACCAUCCAAUGGAGCGCUUGCUCUGUCUGAUAGCAGCACCACCAGCAGUUACUUAGGUAGCCAGUACGGUUUGAAGAGGACCCAGUCUUUGCGUAACUCCAUAAGUUACCGCAGGCAGCCUGAGAUUACCUCUGGCUUCUCCUAUGGAGACUCUGAUCGUAACUCCGCACUUCCUUUCCGGAGGAACGAUCCAUAUCGUCACACCAUUGAACCUACGGCAGGAAUUACAAUUGGAAAGUAUUCCCAGCAACAGUUUCGUCUGCAGCAUUCGUUCCUGGAUCAGGGGAGGUCCAUCGUUUCCAGGCAGAUGGAUAUGAGUACCAAUGCCUUCCAGAGGCACAGCUAUGCAGAGGGAACCCAGGAAACCUACUCAUCUUCCAGGCAAUACAUGAAGUCCAGAGUCAUGAAUAAUCUGGAAGAGACAGACUUUCACAGGGAGCACACCCAAAGUAGCCAUCACUACAAGGAAGGGCCUGGGCCGGGUUCUGGCCACGGACACUACGACAGACUUCGAGGUCGUUCCCCACAACUCUCCAUUGACCAGUAUUCAGAAUCAAGCUUUCGCUCAGAUCAGGAGCCUCCACCUGCAAACUAUGGCCAAGACUACUUUACAUCUGACGAGUUGAAAGGUCCUGAGGGGCACCUGGCACCUCCAUUAGCUGGGAGGUAUGGAGGAGAUACCACCAAUAAGAGGCCAAGCAUAGGUCAAGCAUAUGCCUGCCAGAGCUCACCAACACAGCUCCACCCACCAGAGAAGAAACUGUAUGGCAAACCAUCUGAUCAAGAGCAUGAUGGAGAUCCAGAUGCUAGGCAAGGCAUGAGGAGUUGGAGAAUCAACUCCUAUCUUAGCACUUAUGAGGACGGUGGAGAAGAAGGUCUGACUCAACCUUUGGGACCGGAUGCAUUUGAAGAUCCUCAAUCAUCUCAGCAGUCAACUGCCACUGAUAAUUCAGCUCCCCGCUUUGGAAUAAAGGAGCCACCGAAUCUUGCCCCCAAACCCAGACCAGAUAUCACAAGACCACGUUACGGAAAGCCCUUCUUACCUGAGAGCAACAGUAAAGACUCAACAACAACCAAGAAUCUGCUUUCGUCAGGCGGUGACUUAAAGGCAUUUGAAAAAACAGGGAGGGAGGCUGAGAGAGAGAGGGGUGUGGAAGUGGAGGUGAAAGAGUCUCCAGAUCUCUUCUCGUCCAAACAUGAAUCAUUCCAUACACGUGUUAACCCACUCCUUCAACGUACCUCUCGACUGCGUUCCUCGCUGAUAUUUUCAUCUUCCAAGGCAGAGAUGCACAGUGGUAGCCUUGGGCUAAAAACAGCCACAGAGGCAGACGAGGAGUUAGACUCAGUGCGUACUUCCUCGAUUGUGGCCCAGAUCCUAGAGAAGAGGAGGUCAAUGACUCGUGAGCCUUAUGAGUGGAGAAAGAAGGCUGAGGAGAGGGAGAAGGAGAAAGAGCAACAGCAAAUGGAGAAUCGAUUGAAAGAUGAGAUUAAAGCAAAGGAGCAACUUCAGAAAACCAACGAAGAGGUAAAGACGACACCAACAGUCGAGAAAUCUGAAGUAACAACAUCAACAUCUUUGAACAUGAAUGACCCAGCCAGUCGACUGCAGUAUUUCAAAGACCUAGCUGCUAAGAGAAAUGCCUCAAAAAUGGAGACAGAGUUGUCGCAGAAAGUCCCAGAGCCUGCUGAAAAAAAGCCAGACCUUUCUGAGAAACCUUCCCCGAAAACUACGAUUACUACAACGAUCCCAGAUGUUUUUGUUCGUUCAGCAGAACCUGAACCAAAGAAGACAGACAUAUCUGCAAAACUGGCAGAGCUCACUCGCAGAGCUUCAUUUAAUUCCUCAAAACCACCAAUAAUGAAACCUUCUGCGAGCCACCUGAAACCUUCAGAGACAACUCAACCUCAUAAAGAGGAAAAUGCAUCAGAUGGUCAAAAGAAGGAUAUAUUCAAGACUCUAAAGCCCUUUCCUUCACCUAAUAUCUUCAGGAGGGAUCCGUUGAAGCUCAAAGGACUGAAUCCUCGUCGCAUCUCCAGCGGUGAAGAUAUUCUGACCACAGAUGCUACAGAUGCAGAGAAGAGUGAACUGAAAAAGAGUCGCUCUCAUAGUGCUUCAACUCUGCCACGAGAAGACUUCAAGGAAGGAAUGCAAAAUGUUAUGGGAUCUAAUACAUCCAUCAACACACUUGGUGAGGGAAGGGGCGAUGGCAAGACACUUGACUUCUUGAAGAAGCAGACUCAGAGGUUAAAGGGAUUCCUGGGGCCCAAGGAUAAAGAAAAGAAAUCUUCAGGAGACGAUAGGGGCAUGAGCACGGUCAAAGAGAUCGCUGAAGAUUUUAACAAAAGGCAGAGUUUAUCAGCGAAAGGAUCUACCACUACCGACCAGACUACAACCCAUCACAAGACAUCAACCAGCACAACAGGCCCGUCUCGAUACCAGGCCACGGGCAGCUCGGUUCUGUUCAAUAGCAACCUACGAGAUGACACCAAAGUCAUUCUAGAGCAGAUCUCGGCCAGCAGCCAGAAGAAACGACUGGAGCGAGAAGAAACAGGAGGGGACAAAGAGAGUGACGGCGGGGAAAAGGGCGUGGAGAAACAUAACUCCAUAAAAAAGAGCCGAUUUCUGCGUCCGCCGGGCAACAUCCUGGAGCGGGAGGGAUUACUGAAGAGGAUAGAGAGCAUGAGGAAGGAGAAGAAGGUCUACAGCCGCUUUGAGAUGGGGAAUAGCCUGGGAUAACGAAAGAUGGAGGAGCCACCUUUUAUAUGGAAACUAUUUAUGCGAGAUGAUCAAAAAACGCAUUGUCCAUAUGUGCCAAUGCCACUAUCACAGUACCUCUUUGGCUCAACACUGCAGCCUUUUCCUGGAUUUUCACACAAAGCAAUAAAACUUGAAAAGACACUAUAUAAAAAUGCUGAAAACAAACUAAAGUCAUUGGGUUUGGAAUGUGCCUGUGUGCCAAGACCUGGUACGACUUUGACCUUAUAUGGUGACUGAGAGAAAGAAGAGAGACUCUACUUGCAUUCUGGCUGCCAUAAGCUAAUGUUUCACCAAAAAGAAAAAAGGUAGGGCAAUUUACCUAUAACUGAACUUGUAUCAACAUGACUGAGGGAGUAAGAGGAUAAGAGGAAGAUAGUACAUAUUGCACCUAAGGGAUAGAAAAGAGAUCCAUGGCAGUUAAAAAAGAAAACAUGGCGGUACACGACUGCAUGUGUACUAUACCAGUGUUGUGUGUUUCUGCAAGUGUCUGUGUAGCGUGUUUGAAACUGAAUUGGAGAAAGCGUCCUUGUGGAUUUACCGUGUGCCAAUGGCCAACGAAGGGCAUUACCAAACCAGGAACCAGAAGCAAAGAUGAGAAACAUGAUGAAUGGUGUAAUUUUAAGGGCAAAUCUGAGAUGAUAAGAGAAUGAAGAAUGAGACAGAAUCAGAAAAUGAUAAAAAAAAUGUGUUUAUAAUAACUAAUUGUAAUGUUGAGGCUGAGUUUGGAUAGAAAGUAAACACCAGUGUUGACCUUUACCCUCUCAAGAGAAUGUUAUGUACCUUUCUA